GCUACAGGGUCGUAUGUGGUGUGGCCAGCCCGUCUACCCGGCACUGGCUGAUGACAGACCUCACCCUACCACUCAAUCCAGCAACAGUUACCACUCCUCCACGACCCAUAUCCCCGCUCGAGGGUCGUAUACAGUCGUCGUGGAGUCGUUCCCCAGGGGCUAAAACACCACGACCUUCUGAGGAUAAAGGCGCUAGAAACCAGACCUCCUAACAUUAUAAAUAAGAUAAAAUAAACAUUCGCCUCGCCAGUGUAACAUCGAUCAGGCCAACUCCGAGAAGGUGGUGGUGGUGGUGGUAGUAGUGGUGGUGAUAGUGAUGGUGGUGGUGGUGGUGGUUAAAUGGCUCAUAGUGGUGGUAGUAGUGGUGGUGGUUAGCUGUGACUGUACUCGUUGUGAUGUGAUAAGGCUCCACUGCAGCUAAGUGUGACAUUGACGUAUGUAGGAAGCAUGACAUCACAAUCCAUCAGUUCAUGACAUCACUCCUGGUGGUAUCGGUCUUAAUGACGUUAUAUCUGCAACUUGAUAAUGACCAUCAACACAACCACAUCCGGGAUUAUGAAGUGACAUGAAGUGUUUGUACUAUGACCAAGGCUGUGGUGUCAUAAGCAAGGCUGUGGUGUCAUAAGACUGUGGUGUCAUAAGUAACGUACAAUAGUGAUAUAAACUUAAAGCAAUAUUGAAAGAUAAACAGAUGGAUUCAGACAAUUUAAAGAAACACAAAAGGCAGCGAUGAAUCCUAUAUGCUCAGUGUGUUGCUCUUGUGUUCUGACGACUCCCGCCACGGACCAAAAUUAUGUGAUGAGAUUUUUUUUUCUAUAAAUAUAUCUAGGAAAGCAUAGAAGUACAUUUACUGACUUUUAUAAUUAACGACAAGAUUAUAUAAGAGUAUAGUGGUACUGACUAUUUACAAACAACGAAAUGGUAGAAAAAAUCCUGUUUGGCAAAAUAUUUAUCAUAGUUAUAUAAGUUGGUUGUUUAAGAUAAAAGACCAGUUAUUCAAGGAUUUUAUAUUACAUUUUAGUGGUUGAAUAUUUGUGAUUUUUUUUUUUUGCAUUAUGAUACAAAAGAAAAUAGAAACUAUAUUUAUGAAAAGAGAAAUAUAUCUAAUAUUUUUCCUCAAUUAGUCAUUACUCAUUUUGUUUCAUUUUAAUUAUUUACUGAAAGACGAAAUUAAAGUGUGAAGAAAUACUGUAAUUAUGACAACCUUAAUGACGACUUCAUUAUUAAAAGCAACAAAAUUACAGGAAAUGGCGGGUGAUUAGAAAAUAUAUUUGAAAAGUAACAAAUUUAUUGAAAACGAAAGAUAUUGUAGGAGUGAAAAGUUUAAUUUAAAAUCCAACCAAAAAACAAACAAUAUUUAAUUAAUAAAAUAUAAGAAUUCACGACCGUAAGAUAAAAACAAUUAACAAUGAACAAUUAACAAGAACCAAAACAAAGAGCAUAAAACAAAACAAAAACAAAAAGACAAAAUCCCACGCAAAUUCAAAUAGCUUACGAGUACAUAAGCUACUGAUACAUAUAGUUCUAACUAAUUUUAACGGUCACUAACGGAAUUUAACGAGCAUGGACUCAAAAAAUCGUUGGUUCAGCGGGUAGAAAAAAAAAUCAUGUAAGAGAAAGAGUAAACCAACACAAAUUCAAAUAGCUUUCAAACCCAUAAACAACUGGUUGAUACAUUUUUAACGAAUUUUAACCCCAAAUAACGAAUUUCAACAGCCAUAACGAAUUCCAACGGUAAUUAACGAAUUCCAACGGCAAUUAACGAAUUUCUACAAUCAUUAACGAGGUCCAACAACCAUUAACGAACUCCAACGGCUAUAAACGGACUUUGACGAGCAUGAAUCUCAAAGGACAACAGAACCAAUUGGGGUCAGCGAUCAAUGCACCCAGGUCAAGGGGGCGGACCAACACCAACGUGAUCACCAACACCAUCGACAGGAGGAGGUCCAGGAGUCUUACGAAUAAGCAUAUGGAAGGCCGAGGAUCCAAGGCGCCGGGGUACACCAGCCCGAGUGACGCCUUCGUGAACACUAAGAACGCCAUGAAGACCGCGAUGACCAAGAAACAACGGAGCAAAAGUAGCGACAGGUUGGUGACAGAGGGACAUGUGAUGGGAGGUGGACGCCCAACUGGAGGAGAGGAACACAGACGUAAGCCACGGUCCCUCCCUCCCCUGGAACAGAAGCCUCGCAGCCCUGUCAUACCGGUGAGUUCACUGGAGUCGGGUCGAUUCAUCGGGUCGCCGCCGCCGUCUGGUCUCCGGAGAGACGACAAUGGCAACAAGUUCGAGGUGCGGCGAGCGAGUGUGUCGGCGGGCGACGAGGAGAUGACGGUGUAUCAGCCGGCCAACCCCGCCCUGGAGAUGUCUCAGCCUCGCAUUACCCUCAACACUGCCCCCAGGAAGAUCUCCCAGUCCCCGCCUCCAGCCCACGCCAUCGUCACCGUCGAAAACGCUCUAGCGGCCUCAUCUUCCUCGCUCUCUCUGCGUUCCUUGGCCUCAGUGGCAAGUGAGAGUCUAGCCCUUCGCCAGGCGUUAACUCCGCCACCCAAGCUGGUCACUUUCCGCUCAGAGGGAGGCGCUGAAGCCGUACAGGAGUGGGUACCUGACGAAGAUGGUGUAGGACUGGCGACGCCCCCACGCAAGAACUCGUCCCCCUCCAUCCGUGACCUGCCCUCGCCCAUGAUGGGUCGGCACAGCCUCAACCGCCCACCCCCGCCCGCCCAUGCCACCCGCAGGACUAGAUCAACCAUCAAGCUCUCACCCAUCAACAAGUAGACCUAUACUGUGUACCGCCCACGACAAACUACCUACUACCGCCCACCUACCACCACCACCACCUACUGCCACCACCUAUCAUCAUCCACCUAUCACCACCCACCUACUACCGCCA